AUGUGGGCAAACAAUUUUUUAUGGUCAGCAGUCUUUCAAAGAAAAAAUCAUGAGUUUAUUUUUAGAUUAGCCAGGGACACAAUUUUACGCAAAGACGCGGUUUUAGCCUAUUCUGCACUAAAGAAACGGUUGGAUAAUUAUCCAGUUGGAAAUAAAGAGCUCUUGGAAGUAUGUUCACCAGAUUGCGAACUGGAGAAGGAGAUGGUCGAUAAAAUUAUCAAGAAGAGUCCACAGGUUGCUCUCACUUAUCCUGAGACGUUUGUCAGCAUGAGCAAAGAUUCCACUAAUUUAAGUCGCGUUUAUCUGGGAUCAGCCAUUGGAGGAGUCGAAACCGACUCGGAUGGUGCAAUUUCGCGUGCUCAAGCUUUGCUCCUCUCGUUCAAGUUGAGAGAAGGCAUCACUGAUGAGCAAAUCGCCUCUUGGGCAGAUAACCUUGAAGAACAGGUCCAUGUCACAUCUGCCAAUAAUGUUUCGCUUUCUUUCUGGUCGCCAUUAUCAUUCUCAUCAUGGGUGAUUCAAGCAUUGUCAAAAAGCUAUAGAUGGAUUCUGGUCUCAGCAUCGGUUCUGAGUCUGUUCUGCUUCUUAGCCUCGUUUGGUGCGAACGCUUAUCAGGUGAGAACUUUCUCAAUCACUUGA